AUAUGAUAAUUUUUUAACAUAUAUAAAAAAGCAUAGUGAAUUAUUAAAUGAGAUGAAAAUAAUAAUAGUAUUUACCAAAAAAUAAAAAUAAAAAUCAUAACAUAAUUUAGAGGAAAUGACAAUCACAUAGGUCGGCGGGCCCACGCCUAAGUUUUAUUUGUCUCAACUCAACACAAAACGGCAAAGCAGAUACGGCCACGGCCAUGGAUACGCACAUAUAUAUACAGGUACAACAGCAGCGGAGCAAUCAUUCCAAUGCUGAAUUACCGUACGAGAAUAUCAUAAUUCUCUCACCAUUUCUGCAGCCAAAAAUAAUUCCGCCAUGGGGGUGCCGGCCGCGGCGACGCUGAUUUUCACCUACGGCACUCUGAAGCAGGGCUUCUCCAACCACGCCCUCCUCCAGGAGAUGAUGGCCUCCGGCGACGCCGCAUUCGUCGGCGCCGCCCGCACCCUGCAGCGGCUCCCCCUCGUGUGCGGUCCCUACCGCGUCCCCUUCCUCCUCAACCUCCCCGGCCGCGGCCACCGCGUCUCCGGCGAGCUCUACGCCGUGUCCCCGGCGGCGCUGGCCAGGAUGGACGAGCUCGAGGGGAUCGGGCGGGGCCACUACGAGCGGCUGCCGAUCGAGAUCGAGACGGCGAGCGUGGAGGUGGAGGCGUACUACGCGCACCGGAGCUACGCGGAGGCGAUGUGGCUGAGGAGCGGCGAGGAGGCGUAUAACUGCUACACGGAGAAAGCGGCCAAGGGAUACGUGAAGCGUAAGGAUCGCCCUCAACAUCUUACUUUCCUCGACCAAAUUCGCCUCUUUCUUUCCGAUUCGGCCCAGCCCGAACCCCUUUUGCAUUAGGAUCCCAUCCGGCCCGGCCCGGGCCCCCUAUUUUAUUUACUAGUACAAUUUUUCUUUUUCUUUUUCUGCUCCCCACCAUUUUUAGGUUACAAUUUCUGCUUCUUUUUAUUGUUUAAUACUCCUACUUUAUAACAUAUGACGUGCUUCUGCACGGAAUAUGGAGUAUUAUGUAAAGAAACAGAAAAGACUUUAUAUCUUGGAGGCAA